AUGCAGCGUAUCCGCAUCCCCCUUGUUCACAAUAAAAAGUACAAGCGCCAUGGCACUGGCUCUUACCUUUAUGCCAUGCGCAAGUACAAUUUCAAUCCAACCUUCAAAGGCCCCUACGGCUUCCGUUCGCAGGUCCACCACCAGGGCAAGUUUGGUGGUGUCGGUGGCAAGACUUCAGUCCACCAGCAUGUCCUAGCCAAAACUGAUGCCACCGGCAACAGUGGCGAUGUACCAGCCACAGACAUCCAGAACGAUUCGGAGUAUCUCUGCCAGGUUUCCAUCGGAACUCCAGCGCAGAACCUCAUGCUCGACUUCGAUACUGGAUCCGCUGACCUGUGGGUUUGGUCGACUGAGAUUCCACAGUCUCAGCUCCGUGGCAACACCUCUGGGCACACUGUCUUCGACCAUUCUAAGUCUUCGACCUGGAAGGCGAGCAAGGGCGAAACCUGGCAGAUUCAGUACGGUGAUGGGAGCACUGCUUCCGGCGAUGUCGGCACGGAUACCGUCAAGAUCGGAGGUAUCACCAUCAAGAACCAAGCCAUCGAGCUUGCAAAGACCAUAUCGACCCAGUUCCUGCAAGGUGCCGGUGACGGCCUUCUCGGUCUGGCUUGGGGAUCUAUCAACACCGUCAAGCCGCGACCGGUCCAGACGCCUGUGGAGAACAUGAUCUCUCAACAGGACAUCCCCCAGAAUGAGGAGCUCUUCACGGCCUGGCUUGGCAACAUCAAGGAUGCCACCUCCGGCCAGAGCAACAGUUUCUACACUUUCGGGUUUGUCGACACGAAAGCACUUUCAUCCAUCGAUCAAUCCGAGAGCAGCAUCUACUACACUCCGAUCGACAACAGCCAAGGUUUCUGGAUGUUUGACAGCGCCUCAUUCACAGUCAAUGGCAAAACGACCAACAACGCGAGUGGAAACACGGCGAUUGCCGACACCGGCACUACGCUGGCUUUGAUCAGUGAUGCCGCGGUCGAGGCCAUCUACAACGCCAUUCCCGGGUCCAAGUAUGACAACACCCAGCAGGGCUAUCUCAUCCCUUCGAACAUCAGCGAGGACGAUUUGCCUACCGUGAGUGUCGCCGUGGGUGGGCAGCAAUUCACCAUCAACAAGGAGAACUUCCUCUUCGCGGAUGCUGGGAACGGGAUGACGUACGGUGGUAUUCAGAGCAGAGGCAGCAACCCAUUCGAUAUCCUGGGUGAUACGUUCCUGAAGAGCAUCUAUGCCGUCUUCGAUCAGGGCAACACCAGGUUCGGUGCGGUGCAGCGGCCAAAUGGCUCGGCCACGAGCACGAGUACUGUCAGCUCUGGUAACAGUGGAGCUUGA